ACAGCUGCAGCUGUCGGGCCUGAACACGAUGGGCUCGCUGCCGCUGCUGUCUCACGGCGGCCUCGGCUCGCCCACCUCACUGGCCGGCAACACGCCCUGCUCCACGCUGUUCGUGGCCAACCUCGGCCAGACCAUCACCGAGCAGGAGCUCAAGGAGGUGUUCGGCAGCUUGCCUGGGUUCACGCGGCUGCGCAUGCUCACCAAGGGCGGCUCGCCCGUCUCGUUCGUCGAGUACCAGGACACAAACCACGCGGCCGUCGCCAUGGCGAUGCUGCAGGGCUUCGUGUUGUGCCCGGACCGAGGCGGCAUUCGAAUCGAGUACGCCAAGACCAAAAUGGUGGACAACGGGACCCAAGAUUAAGGCUGACCAACAUAGUGCUGCAGUGAGCGGGCGGCUGACGACGAAUCUUCUCCGCCGACCCGAGGCUCCUCCUGGUGCCUCCGCCGGCCUGAGGCUCUUGUUGGUGCUCCUGCCGACCCGAGGCUCCCCCCGGCUCCCCUGCCGGCCUGAGGCUCCUCCUGGUGCAGAGGCCGGGCCGCCGUGUGCGUCCAUCCGACCCACGGCUGCCGAACAUCGACAGCUGCGGCUGCAGCUGCCGAACGCCGCCAGCCGCAGCUGCUGCGUCUGCUGCCGGCUGCGUCCGACUGUUAGUCUUUCAGGCGCCAGGCGGAGCCCUCAGCGUCUGCGCGGCCGUCGGCGGACCCCGACCGGGUCGGGCGCGGGCCGGACCGAUUUCUGGCCUUGCAUA